AUGUGUCUCCAGCUGACAUUUUCCCACCACCAUUACUACGAGUCAGUCUUCCUCCGCACCCCACCCCACCCCACUCCCCACUCCCCCCGGAGAGACGAAGAAGAAGGCGGCGGAGGAGGGGAUCCAAUUCACUCCGAUGGCGAUGGCUCCGCCGCGUCUGCUGCGGGGCCUCAUCGCGCCGCUGCCGCCGUCCGACUGGCUGCCGUGCAACCAGCUGGUCGCCUCCCUUCUCCUCCUUUCCCUCUACACAGUCUGGCCGAUGAUGCUCAUUGCCCUGUUUCUUGGCAGAAUUGCGGCCUGAAUAAAGAUGUUGUAUUUAUCAAGAGGGUGCUUGCAACCCCUGGGGAUUUCAUCGAGGUUCGACAAGGCCAACUUAUUGUUAACGGUGUUGUGCAUAAGGAAACCUACAUUGCAACCCAAAGCUCAUACACAAUGGAGGCCAUGCGCCUCCCGGAGGGCCAUGUAUUUGUCAUGGGUGAUAACCGUAAUAAUAGCUGCGAUUCCCGUGCUUGGGGGCCUCUUCCUAUAGGCAACAUUGUUGGAAGAUACAUGAUGUCUUUUACUAGAUCCUCUUUCCAAUAGCCAAGGUGAAGAGGUUUGAUGACCUCCGGCAUUGUCAAACCCCUUGAUUAUGUUGAUAUCGAGCUAUGUUGGGCCUUGUGCCCUUCAUCUGUACAUCUUUCCACUAGCCAAGCUGAAGAGGCUUGAUGAUUUCCAGCAUUGACGAAUUGCAUUUCCGUAGUUGUGUACUGACUGAAUCCUGGGGAGAACAAAUAGCGACUUUGUAGCCUCUGUCACACACCCUGGUCUGUCAGUCGUUUGGGUUACCUAGCUGUUCAAUCGUAUCGUGAUGUUUUAAUAUGUAUCGCGUGCGUGAAUCCAGUACCUAUUACUCGGUAGAAGUUUGAAAAUUGUAGUGGUGUUUCUUUACUGCCUGUUAAUAAUUCAGUGAUUUCCCUUUGGGCGUUGAUGCCUCGAAGUUAUUAUGUAGUGAAAUGUGGUUGAUGUUGA